GGCGCUCGUCAUCAUCGGGCGCCGGGGAGGCGGCGAGGCCGGCGGAGCUGCGGCAGCAGGCGAGCGGCGCGGGGCUGCUCCGGGUGUUUGUGUGUUCCCUUCGCUGCUGGGCCGUGGUGGCGUGGCUGUGGUGGAACAUGGAUUCACAGAAGGACGUUCAGCCUCCAAAGCAGCAGCCAAUGAUUUACAUUUGUGGAGAAUGUCAUACGGAAAAUGAAAUAAAGGCAAGAGAUCCUAUCAGAUGCAGAGAAUGCGGCUACAGAAUAAUGUACAAGAAAAGGACAAAAAGAUUGGUAGUUUUUGAUGCCCGAUGAUCUCUGCUGAAGACAGUGACUUCAUGAAGUAGUCUUUCUGGUCACUUUGUUCUGUAAAACUGUGUGUAAAUGCACACUCUUAUUUGUGUUUUAAGAGAUUGAAAUAUUAAAGUUUACUGUAAUACUAAA